GUCGCUCUCUUUUUACCAUCGCCGCGCAACAGAACACACGCUAUUUUGCUACCACCAAAAAUAAAAUAUAAAUCCUACUAAGACCGACACAUGCACAUACCAAUACAUAACAUUCGUUAGACAGUGUAAAAUGUGAAGGAGAAAAUUCUUUUCUGCUGGCAGCCUAAAAGUAGGCAACUUUCUGCUUUUUAAAUUAUACGUUCAAAACGCGCAUAUCCUUAAAUUCAUUUGCAUUGAAAAACAACGGUAAAACUUUUCUACACGCUAUAAACUAAAAAUAGAAAAAUAAAAGGAACGGAACUUGCAUAUAAUAACCAUUUAGAGAAUUUACAUACGUAACGAGAUACAAAGCUAUAAAGAAAUCAAAUCGAAACGAAAUAUUCACGCUGCAACAACAAUUGAAAAUAGCUUGACAUAAAAAUUGACAUUUACGUUGGAGAUUUACAACGCAGGCAAACGUAAGCUUCCGCAAAACGGGGAGGGUGACGGCCAGUUCACACAGACAGUCCCACGCACACACUAACACUUACACAACAACGUUGAGUAACUUCAGCGCACAGCAGGAACAAGAACGGGAACGGGAGCAGAAGCAGGAGUCCUUGAUGCGGCAAUAGGCGUGCAUCUCAGCUUACAAACUACCCCCAGAAGUGCGGUUCUUGCUGUACUUGUGUGUGUGUGUGUGCGCCUGAAAAACGUCAACAAAAAAUAAACAAACUCACACAGAGAUAACGCGCUGUCUGCCCUCUGUCACACACACACAAACAGUAGUUGUAACUGUGUGUGUUUGUGUGUGGUUGGCCUUUCAUCUCGUUGCCGCACAAUAAAAACAGGCGUAAAGGAUAUUAUGAGGCAGCAGACAUUUGCGAAUAAGCAGCAGCAACAAUCCGUCCAUUUAUAUUACACUUAAGAAGCACAAGAGUUGCGCAACUAUGUUUGGCUCCAAGUUGCGCUCCUGGAUGGAGACGCACAUUGUGCGUCCACGCAAAAAGAACAGCAAGCACAAGCAGACGGACCAGAGCAGCUCUGGAGGUGGCAGCAGCAGUCAUGGCAAGAAGGCGGGCACCUUGCCGCAGAGCAGCAAUCUAAAGUCGACCACGAGUCCCGUGUUGACCAGCAGCGGUAGUCACAGCAAUAGCAACAGUCACAGCAUUGCGAGUCCUGUACGACGUCGCGAAGUCUCCCCCAUACAAUGUCAUACUCCCAGUCGCUAUGGCUGGCAAUCGCCGGAUCAAGACACCAUCACGUCGCCCAAGUCGGACAAUCUGUUGUAUGCGCCACAGCGUUAUCAACGCCAUCAGACGCUGCCACCAUUGCAGCAACUCCAGCAGCCGCAGCAGCCUCAGUUGAGCGUACCCAGCAAGGACAGCUGCAGCUCCAACAGCGCCGACAAAUCGCCCAUGUCCCGUGUCAAUUGUUCCUCCUCCUCCAUAUCCUCGUUGUCGUGGUCCACCGGCUCCAAGGAGCCCUCAAUGCACUCGACGGCCAAGCAAACCAGUUAUAAGCUGGAGCAGGAGGAUGAAGUCGACUAUGAGGAGGUGGGUGCUUUGUUGUUGCGUCCACAGCCGCCGCUUCAGGAUUAUCAGCGUCCGAAUUCGGAGAAUUUAAACAGUCUGCAGCUGGUCUACGAGGAGGAGGAGCAACCGCAGUCGAAGCAAUCGCGUACGCACGUGCUCUAUGGUCGACUGUUGCCCUCUAAGCUAGCGGCCGUACAGCUGGAUGACUCUGUGGAGAGUUUGACCAUGCCACCGCAGCCACAGCCCCCGCAACCGCCUUCCAUGUCCAUUGGCAAUAGGAUGAGAGCACCUCGCGGUUUGCCACGUGGAAAUUUUAUGCCUGGUCCGCGACCACACAGCCUGUCCUCCCCGGAGAGCGCCUACUCCACGGGGUAUUCCACCGACGGCACCUCGCCCUGCGCCAACUCCCAGUCGAGUACGAAUCCUCCCGCUCCGGAGUACUACAUCAACAUGCGCAGCGGCACCCACUACUUUCCCAGUCGCUCAGUCAAUACGCUGGCCAUCGAAGCACAGCGCUACAAAUUCGGUCUAAAUCGCAUCGAAGAGAUGUCGCCCAUGGAUCCGCUGCCCAAAAGCAACUUUGGCAACACCCUGGAACCCCAGCCCAGUCCGCUAGCUCUGCAGCGUGGCAGCCAAGCAACUAGCAAGCUCUUUGAAUCUCCCUCGCCUAGACAGCGCCCUCGCAUACGCACGAAUCCCUGGUAUAGCACCGUGGAGCACUCGCAGCUGCGAAUGGAGCUGGAUGCGGCGAGCACCACUUCCACCACUUCGUCAGGCAUCAAGUCAAGCAAUGAGCUGGAAGUGCGCGCGAGCAUUACCACCUCAACCACCGCCAGCUCCUCAGCCUUGGCAAUCGCAACCCCUAAGAAGGGUGCUGUUGGUCUAGCCGCGGACUGCUCAGAGGGUUCAUCAUCGUCCUCGACUGAAGUGGAAAAUGCGCAUGCAGCGCACACCAUAAAACGCCGCCACUUAGCGGAGCACGUCGUUGGAGUGGGAGUGGCAGUCGGUGACUCCUUUCUGGUUAGUGACGAUGAGGCCACGCUCAACGAGAUGAUUGGCAAGUUUGACGAGAGCUAUGUCUACGAGAAGGAGACCGACAUUCUCAGCAGCGACUCGGAUCCCACGGACUGCGCUUCGGAGCUAGACACCGGACAGGAUGCGGGCGAUGAGUGCGACACGGACGAGCUGCUCGACAUUGACUUCAUUGACACGUCCUCGAUGCAGGAGGUGCUUGUGCUGGAGCGUCAGGAAUUGCAGCGCAAUCUGGGCAGCUGUCAGUAUUAUCCGAAUGCGAGUCCAAUGAUAUUGCGACGCUCCUCGACACGUUCGCGACGUCGCCAGCAGCAAGAACAACAGCAGCAGGAUCAGCAGCGACGUCGCAAGCGUUUCCUCAAAACGCGUAAGAAGAGCUGCGAGAAUCGCGAGAAGGUCAACACCUCCCCGUUGAGGGAACCGCGUGGCAGUCGCAGCGUAGGCGGUACACCGGUGUGCCUACGUCGUCAGCUGCUAGGACCAAAGGAAAGGAUCUACAAGACUUCGCCUCUGUCAAAUCGCUCCAACUCUCUGAUCUUUGGCAACGCCAACGAGCCGCAUUUCAUGACCAUUGCGGAGAGCGAAAAGGCCUUGAUGAAGGCCGAUCUGGAGGCGGACAUGAAGUAUAAGCAACUCAUCAUGGAGGCCGAAUCGUUGCUCGAGUCGCUGAAGAACAGUCUGCAAAGCAUUCCGCGGGACACGCCCGUCGCCAGUCCGCGACGCCUCAAUCCGCUGGCCAACAAGCGCGUGGAGAUGCUCAAGAAUAGCGAAGUGGAGUCUAAGAAGCAACCAGGCCCUGUGCCACCAACACCACCGCUGGAGCACGAGCUGGCCGCCGCCAUUAACAAGCGCAUCGAGAUGCUCAAGUUUGAGACAAACGCGGGAGCCUCGCCGCCAAAUAGUCCUAAGCCGGGCAGAUGCAGUCCUCGCAAGACGCAUCUCACCAACUUCAUGAACCAGAAUGCGCCGCCAGAGUUGCCACCACGCAAGCCGCAGCCACCGCAAUCGCCACAGCUGCAGUUAAACGGACGUUGCCUACAGGGCAGCCCAAGGCAUAGUCCACGGGGAAGUCCUCGAGGCAGUCGACGCCAAAUCAUCGCCAAUGGCAGCGACUCCGAGUUGGAGGAUUUGGCCAAUCACAACUACUUGCCUCAGCAGCAGCAGCAACAACUGCAACCGCAGCCCCAACCCUAUAAUAAUAUGGACUACAGCAAUCGCAAUGUAACCGAAAGUCAGGACAAUUUCUACUGUCCACACAGCGAGCCACUGAAGCGCAAGGUCUACAAAGGUAGCAGCUCCUUCGAGCGCAUUAAGAAGACAUUUGACUUAGAGUUGGAUAUGAGUGAGCGUCCCAAAUCGAUGGGACAUUCCAACAAGCGCCAACAAUCGAAGCUCUCGAUGUCCGUUUCGGCAAAAAGCUCCAUGCAGGACGUGACUGCAGAGGGCGCCAACAAGCAGCAGCUUAUUGUUAGCACUAUUGUGGAUUUGAAGCGUAGUCUGGAACAUCAAAGCUAUCAGCUGAGUGGUCUUAACGAGGAGUAGCUUAAGGUAUCAAAUAUAUAGACUGACUGACUGACAGCCAAUAAUAAUCAUGAAUUCAUCAAUACAUCAUAUACGUUAUCAUCAAAUUAGAGAAUUAAGCAGAAGGUCAAGAAGACGACGACAGGUAAAAACAAGUCCAAGAUCCCUCAGACUAAACAGAAAUUCGUGUGCAAUAACUAUAACAAUAUAAGAUAAGUGAAACAAUUGAUGGACUUCAGGACAGACAGCAGGUUAUACGGUUAUUUACAUACACAUAAAGUAGUUUUAAUGGGUAUACAUAACUUCAAUUGAUAGUCUGUAGUGAAAGUAAAUUGUUUUUUAAUAGCAUUUAUUUAAUCGUAGUAGUUAAUUGAUUUCUGUUUCGUUUUUUCGAUCAGUCAAACACAAAAAAAGUUACUCUAGUUUUAAUUGCAAUAUUCUCGAUAGUUUCUCAUCAAUCACUACAGUUUCUACUUGAAAGCCCAAUCGGAAAAAGCAGUGUUGAAAACACAAUCAACUAAUUAGUCAAACAUCUAUACUUAAUAUCGACCUUAGCCCAAAUAUCGUGUGCAAUUAGAGAAGAUCACAAAAACAUUAACCUUAUUUAGAUGUGUUUUUAUCGAACUUAUCGAACAUAUCGCACUCAUUAUCAUAAGUAUUUUUGGUGCUGCGUUUUCAUCACGUAAACGUAGUACUAUCAAUUAAUCUACAGCUCAUUACUAGACUUUGUAGCAUUUCACUUAAUCUACACACAUAUUCAUAUAUACAUAUAUACUAUAUAGUAUCCAUCUAGAGUACAUCAAUUAAUACAAUUAUGAAAGUAGCAUUUUAAGUAAAGUAAUUUCAAUUAUGAUAUAUCCAUCCAACAAAGAAAAUCUCGUUUAGCCAAAUUGCCAAAAAUUGUUUGUAGAAUACGAAAUUGUUUAACUGUUUUCGUUCUUCGAUGAAUUUUAAUCAAAAAACUCAAUCGGAAUUUGAAACUGAAUUUGAAAUUUGUUACACGCGUAUUGGCAAAAAUUAAUUCUGAUUUCGAAUUCAAUGUAUGGAGGGUCAAAUUGGUUGUAAUUAAUUAAUUAAUUAUGUAAUUGUGUUGUGUUGUAUUGUGUACUCAUUAUUUAUGCAUAUAGACGCUAUACUUAGAACCCUACAUAUAGCAUACAUAAUAUACUAUAUACAUACUAUAUAUUUAAACGUGUAAGCGAAUAAUGUAACGUGAUAAUAAACUUAAUGAAAACCAGUCGGCAAAACGUGCAAACGUAUUGAAAGUAACUGAAUAUGGAGUAAGUAUCCCCGCUAAUUAAUUUUAAGUAGCUAAUUAUUUUUUACUCUUUAGUACUAUGUAUUACAUUUCGUAAUUGAGUUGUACUCGUAGAUCCCGUAGCACUUGAUCCCCGUACUUAACCCAUGUAGUUGCACUCAAUAAACCUUACGAUUUGCUCCGCCUUACGUCAGUCGUCGCGUCUGGUGUCCAGAACCCAUUUAACUAAUGAGUUUCGGACGAACGCGACACUUGAAUGGCAAAAGUGAAGGAAUCAAGGUUCAUUUCCCCCCAUUUGCAAAUACUACGAGUUCUACAUCGGAACAUCCAAAUUUAUGCGCAUCCCACAAAAUACUGAACUUUAGUUACCCAGUUAAUGCGCAAUACGCUUUUUCUCUGGGGAACUUUAGCUGCAAUAAUUAAAUAAUUUACCAUACAUAACAUAUGUCCCCUUUUGUUUGGGACUCUGUUCUAAGCGACCUUAAGACAAUCCAACGAGCUUUUUGAUAAUUAAAAUAAACCUUUACAACAAACUGUCAACUAUAGAAGUACGCGUAUAUUACAAAUAUAUAUUUAGAUUGUAGAAGUAGAAUAAACGUAGUCAUAUAGUCAAUAAAGUGAAAUAAGACUGGUAGAAAGGAAAUGUCAUUCAAGUAGUUCUGGAGAAAACUAAUAUGAUACCGUUAUACGUUAUUCAGUAAAUUUCCGUGACGGAUAUUUUCGUGGUUAGUCGCUAGAUCACAUCUAAUACUGGGAACAACUGAGCACUGAAAUUGGGAGUACUCAAAUAAUUCCCAGAAUGAUUACCUACAUACGUAUACUCUAUUUUUGACUCGUUCCAAUUUUUUUGGGGUUAGCUUGUUCAAUGUCUUAAACUCCUAUGAGUAAUAAAUAAGUAAAUCACAUUAAAAAGUAAAUUGAUAAGUGAAAUAAUAAAAAACUAACAUUGUGAGAAAAUAUAUACAUACAUAUUCCAUACUAUUCCAUUUCAAUCAACUUGGCUUGAGGUUAUGUUUCCGUAAGUGGACUUUGGCCUCUUCAAGCAUCCCCAUUAUGAGCAAGAUGUUAUCAUUUAUCUUUCGUAUGUAUCUACCAUGAAUAAAGGACCAAUUUGUGUUAAAACUAU